UUUAUUUUGUUUCGUCCGGUGUGACUGUGCUCCCGUCCUGAACAUAACACCAAAGCUAAUAAUCCUCGAAAUCAGCGGGCGUGUGUCCCACAUACACUCAACUCUCUUUCUGUUUCGCUCUCUUUCUCACACGCCCAGGAGGACGAACAACCCCUUCAAUGAAGAGGAUUACGGCACUUGAUUUGACUUUAUAUGACUUAUUUUUGUUUGUCGUGCUAUAAUGUCGGGCUAAUGUGAUGAUGGUAACGUGGCUCAUCGACACUGGGGGGAUUUCAGGAACUUUUUCACCUCAGAUUCGUGUCUAAUGCUUUUUUUUUAAAUAACGCUUAGCAAAGAUAUAUUUUGUUCACCAAACGGUUGUUUUAGAUUCGUACAGCAGUAAGUAUAUUUUCAAAAUCAUUUAUGUUUUGUUUUGUUUCAGAUGACAGGAGGCGAUUCGCCGGUUAAGCAUUUCGGAGAUUAUUCUUCAAUCCGUUUACUGUAAACUACAAGAUCUUAAGUUAAAUAAAUGCUACUUAUUGCUAUUUAAGCAGUCGUGCAGGUUGUGUGACAGCUUGGAUAUCUUUUAUUCGUUUGUUUUUGUGUUUAGGUAGGUAAACAAACAUUGCGUAUGAACCGGAGGAUUGCGUUGACCCCGACGCUCAUUGUUUAAUGUUUUGCAUUUCAAUAUCGACGCAAUUUCCUUAUUAUUUCGUUUAUAGCCUGUAAUACUGUGCAUGUGGCAGAAAUAAACCCUUUAAACCCUUUAUCUAUCCCUAUCGAGAUUUACGACCCUCCGACCUGCAUUCUUGUGUGUGCACCAAACGCCCCCGGAGUUUAAUUUUUGCUUGUUUGUGAAAGUGUUUUCUUAGACGGAAGAGUCGUUAUUUACUCGGGAUGCGGAAGGGAAACCUGUCGAGCUGUGGGGAAACAUGUCUUUAGAGUGAGUGGGACGGUGAUCAUGUCGUCUGUGGAGGGUGUUUUCUCCUGGGUGGGCGACUGGCAAUGGCUCUGUAUGGUCACCCUGUUUCUGGCUUCGAUCGUCACUUUGGUUAUAUACCUGGUGCAGUAUUUUUCAAAUGAACCUCAUGUGAGGACAUCUUUAAAUCAUUUGGAUUCUGAUGAGGCUGACGGGAUUUUAUCUUGGCUGCUGUCACUGAAAAGCUGGAAGUGUGAGUGGAGAAAAGCCUGGGUUAGGAGCCUCAACAAAGAAGCUGGAAGAUUGCAGAAUGGGAUUCAGUUGACCUUUGAAGAUGAUGAUUACCAGUCAUCAGACCUGGCCGUUGGCCGGAUUUCAAGCUUUACCAAAACACGCGGUCAAACGAAUGUCCAGUGUCAGGUGUCUGGAAACAAGUUGCAGUUUUCUCUCAGCGCUUCGCCGAGCUCAACAUCUUCAGGAACCCCCCUGAGAUACAGUGUGAAAAUAUCUCCACUUCAUCUACAGCUGGCCCUACAGAUGAAAGAGGUGAACGGUGACGUGGAGAUUUCCUGGGGGGUGCAUCACCUGGACUCUGCCGAUGUGCAGCUCACACCAAGUUUCACACAGGGAGAGGAUGAGGGUCUAAGUGAAGCUGUGGUGAAGGACAGGCUGAGGCAAGUCUUGAGUUCAGCUCGUCCAUCAGUAACUCUGAGUGCUCAUCCUGCGGAGUCUGCAUAUAUCAAGGAAGUGAGGAACAAGACCUCGCAGAUGACCUCACCCCCGAAGCCCCCUCGAGCUCAUGAAUGGAAACUGUUAGUAAAGAACAUCCGGGUCAAAUGUAAACAGGAGGAUGGUGCUGCAGGCGGCAUAAAUCCUCAGUGUGUCCUCCAGUUGGAUGAUCCUCCACAAAACUUCAUCACCUCAGUCUUGACUAACACAUUUAACCCGGCCUGGGAUCAACCCUUCAUAUUUGAGCUAAGCGGGCGCUCAAAUGAGCUGAACAUCCAGGUCUUUGAUAGCAGCAAACCACGAGAGAGUGGAUUGUUGGGACAGGUGUCUGUGGCUUUUGAUCUUGUGAAGAAACACCCCAAAGGUCAACAGACCUUUUCACUCAUGACCAAAGAUCAAGUGACUGGCUCACUGACUACUGAGUUCACCUACCUGGAGCCCAGCGAGGUGCGUUGCUGGCAGCCGCCUACUCCGGCCCCAGCUAAGAGGGUAGAGAUGGACCGCACUGUGAUGCCCUGCGGCACGGUUGUUACCACUGUCACUGCUGUGAGGAGCAAACCGGGGCGAGCUUUACCACCCGAAUCAAAAUCUCCCUUAAAAAAUAAGCUGGCAGAGAGAAGGGUGUCAGAGCAGAUGUCUUUACCUGGAAUCAAAGGUAGCAAAGCGCUGUCGUCUUCUGAUACGGAGUUAUUGAUGCUAAACGGAAGCGACCCUGUUGCUGAAGCUGCCAUAAGACAGCUCCAGGAGUCGGCCAAACAGAAGCUCAAAUCCCCCGUCAAGAAGAGCACCAUUAUCAUCUCCGGAGUCACCAAGGCUCCUAUAACACAAGAUGAGGAGAUGGUCCUGAUGGCAGGAUAUGCUGCUGCAAUGGACGCCUCAAUGUCUAGUGCUUCUGAGGGCACUAGCAGUGAAACAGUACUCUUAGAACCGUCAGCAGAACUCAGUGUUCCUGAACCAUCUGCCAACGGCACGGACCAGGUGGAGGACUGGGAGAGUCAGGCCGGAGAAGAUCCAGAUGCGGACAAAACAUCUCUUUCCCUCUGUAUGUCAGAAGCGGGAUCCAAAAAAGGAAAAGGCGGCUUCCUGCACAAGAGUGCCAAGCUCUUCUUCAGACGGCGACAUCAGAGGAAGGAGCCGGGCAUGAGUCAGUCUCACAAUGACCUGCAGUAUCUGGAGAACCCGGAGGUGGCCAUGAUGGGGGACAGGGAGAAGAGAACCGCCACAUUCAGACGCAUUAUCAAUCGCAAGCUUCUGCCCAAGAGCAAAAGCAAAGCCAAUGGCACCAUGAGAGAACCGCCUACGUGAGCUCAUCUCGAACACGGUAUACAAGCAGCUGCAAGUUUAGCGCUGCUUUUACCAAUGUUCUACUGCUCCUUUACUAACAGCUUACCUCAUUUCCAUACCCAUUUCCUUAACCAUUCAUGCUCAUUUCCACAAGUUUUUGCAAUGCGUGAACUUGUUUCCUGGUAUCUGCCAAACCCCAGCGUACCAACAAUCAACCUCAUCAACAGAUAUCUAAUGCCUACAACUCGUUGAGAAAAAAAAACAUUGCAGAAUUCCCAUUUCGAUAUAUAGAUCCCUCGACUUGGAUCUUCUAGAUCAACUCUAUGAACUUUUAUUUUUUUAGCUGGCGCUAGAUGUCUCUCUCUAUCUUAAGAGAACAAGUGAUUUAUCAGACCCUCCUCUGCUUUUCAAUCAAACUUUUGCCCUUUACUUUUUAAACUAACGUGUGUGUAUAUGCAAGAGAGUUUACAGAACAGCGUCCGAACGUGCACUGACUGCCAUCUCUCAAAAAGACUAAUUUUACCGUAUGCAAACUGUGAUCGUCAUGCAAAAGAUACUCUGCGCUUGUGGCCUUUUAACCAAACCUGGACAUGAGGGCAACCCUCCCUCGCCAUCUACCUAAGCUUUCAGCCCUUUGUAAACCCUCUAGUGACUUGGUUUCUGUUUUAGAAGAGAUGAGAAAAUUUUUAAAUGGUUUAAAAUGCAUUUACGUUGAUGUGCAGUGAAGUUGGGUUAUGGGUAGUAAUCAUUCUCAUGAAUCAUUCUCAAGAAGAGAAGAAAUGUAUGUUUAACUGCUUUAACAACAUUAUUUGAUCUUUGACUCUAGCUAGUCAUCUUUUAUUUUCCAAAAGCAGUAAUGGAUAUAUUUGAGCGUUAGAAAGAUGUUUUCUAACAUAGUAUGAAGUUUAAAAAUGUUCAAAAAUGUUCUGGGAUGUAUGAUAUGUUCCCUUUAAAACAGAGUUUGAUCCCUUUUCACCUUUUAAUUUAUAUAUAUUCUAACAGCAAUAUCAAAAUACAUUAUUUGGUUUGAUUUAUUUUAGAAAUUUCUUUAUUUUAUUCAAUAUACUGUCUGAUAACAAGCAAAACUCUUUUUUUUGGCUCAUUCAACAACUGUGCCACACAUUUAAUGCUGUGUGAAUUGUACCAAAGGAUAACACUAAGUUAAGGGUGUUUGUGUGCCAGCUUCUUAGCUUUUCAAUAUGUUCAUGAUUCCGGUUAUUUUCCAAAAUUGGAUUUUACGUUUGCUGUGUUUUGUUAUUGUAUGACCUGAAAUGUUGGCAGUGGAUGCCAAACGCUUUACAUUUCGGACCUCAACCGUUGAGCCUGUGUCGAGAUCAGCAGUGGACUUGUGGUUUGGGAGUUUUAAUAACAAACUCUGCCGGACAUUUACUUGAACUCAAAAUGCGGAUGUAACAUAAAUGCCUGUUCAACCUGAAUGUCACAGUAUGGCUGUUCACUCCAUGUCGUGGAAGGACUACUGUUCAGUUUUUUUACUUACAUUUUGUCUGUUCCGUCCAUGUAGAUUUUGUGUUGCCACACAGAGACUGAAAGCCAUUACAAGCAUUCAUUAGGUUGUGUGUCUAGACAGUCAUAAGUGAAACUGAGGUCAAAUGUUAAAAGGCACAUAAAGACUUCAUUUUAAUCCUGCUUUGUUGGCCAUCCAGAAGUUUUAUCCAGCUAUUAAAUGAAAUCUAACAAGCCAAUCCUCUGCAUAAUUACCAUAGUUUAACUUUGUGUGUGGGUUACAUGUCACGUUUACUCGGACAAUUAUACAUUUACCUGCAAUAUUAAUAUGCGUGUUCGACAUGUACAGCAAGAACAUAUUACUGUCUUCUCUGAAAACCUCUGAGGCCUGUGCAUAAUGAAUGUCAACCCCUAUGCAGGGAUUACAGUGAUUAACAUAUCUUUAUUGGUUUGAGCAAUAAAUAUUGACUGAACACUCA